AUGUCGGAGUCGAUAGUAGAGAAAUAUGUGGCGAUUGCAGACAGUUUGAGGGAAAUGCAUGCGGCUCCGAAGACUCAAAGGGACAUUGCCUUCGAAAAUCAAAGCCUACAAAAUCGGGAUGAGCUCCUCUAUGUUGAUCUUUGUCAGACUAUGAAUGCGGGUGAUGUGGGCCGUCUCGAGGCAUCAUUUCUACCAUGGAUAUAUCUAUUUGUCGCAACCGGAAAGCAUAAGUAUGCAGCGCAAAUGAGCCAGUUUUGGUCAAACUUACUGGAUGUUUAUCCUCCGGACCUUAGCCGUAUUGUACGCUUGAACAUGUUAUGUAACCCGACAGGAAAAGCGGGUGCAUUCCGUGGUGUAGACUGGUUGGUGGAGAGAAAUAAUUUGUAUACCAAGGUAUACCGGAACUGCCACGUCAUCAUGGAGACGGCAUUCUUCUUGAAGAACCGUACACUGGGUCAUACAGCUCCAGACGCUACACUGUUAAUCGAGAAACUGCAAGCUUACUUGGAGGAGACAAAAGUUUACACAUCAACGGCAGGCCGAUCAGCCCAUGUGAUUGAGGAUGCAUUAAUUACAGGUUUACAACUGAUACAAGGAAAGAAAAUCAGUCAGCAACAGGACAGUGACAGAGACGAUGAAGCACCUCCUGAGGUCACAGGAGAUGACCUCAUAGCGUAG